AUGAGUUUACAUAAGGCCAGAAUUAAAGCUUUUGAAGAUCUCCUCAGUAAUGAUGAGAUUGACAUUAUCACACUUCAAUCAUUGGCAUUUAAUGGUAUUACAGAAGAAAAAGGCCUUCGUUCUCUGAUAUGGAAGAUAUUUCUUCACUACAUUCCAAAACAGAGAAACAAAUGGGAAGCCACACUUAAAAAACAAAGAUCCCUGUAUAAGGAGUUGAUAGAGGAAAUGAUAGUAUCUCCAGGUGGUCCCACUGAUCAUCCUCUAAGUAUAAGUCCUGAAAGCUCUUGGAGUAAAUAUUUCAAAGAUAAUGAAGUUCUUUUACAAAUUGAUAAAGAUGUAAGAAGAUUAUGUCCAGAGAUAUCCUUUUUUCAAUCCGCUACUGAAUUUCCCUGCUCUGAAGUAGUAAAUAGCAAUGGAUUGAAACGUUUACAUCAACGAGUGGAGCAAAAAGUUUUGAACUAUUCAACACUAGAACAAAGAGGAUUUGGAUUAGUCAAGCUCAACAAUGUUAUUCGCCGUACGGACAACCUAAGUGGGGACUACGUACCAUUGAAGGAGGGAGCCGAAGCUCACUGGGAAGUGGUGGAGAGGAUGCUCUUCCUAUAUGCAAAACUGAACCCUGGCCAGGGCUACGUCCAAGGCAUGAAUGAGAUCAUCGGACCAAUAUAUCAUACUUUUGCUGUCGACCCUAAUAUGGAACAAAGAAAGAACGCGGAAGCCGACUGUUUCUUCUGUUUUACAAACCUGAUGGCUGAGAUACGAGAUUUCUUCAUUCGUUCACUUGACGAGACCGAGAGUGGUAUUAAUAAUAUGAUGUUUCGUUUAAGUGAACGAUUAAAAAUGAAUGAUUACGCAGUCUGGGAGAGACUUUCCAAGCAGGAGUUGCGACCGCAGUACUACAGCUUCAGGUGGCUGACACUUCUGCUGUCUCAGGAAUUUUCUCUCCCCGAUGUUGAGCGUAUAUGGGAUUCCUUAUUCGCGGACAGCACUAGGUUCGAUUUUCUGAUAAGCGUCUGCUGCGCCAUGAUUCUGUUAGUGAGGGACGACAUAAUGACCGGAGAUUUUGCGUCUAACGUGAAGUUACUGCAACAUUUUCCACCCAUGGAUGUAUCACUUAUUGUUACUAAAGCGAGAACGAUACGUUUGUAG